AUGUCCCUCGGGAACUUCUUGGCUGACGAGAACUUCGGCUCUUGGGCCGAUGAGAUGGAGGACAUGCCCUUGCCUGCUCCCGCUCCCUCCAGCUUUGGAGGCGACCGCCGCCCCCCUCCUGCGUCUUCUGCUGGCUUUGGUGGACCCAGUUUCAACGGUAAACACUGCUCCUUGGUUUUGUGGAGCGAUAUGUGUAUUGACAAUGUGAAAGAACGCGGCUUUGCUCUAAGGGAGCCCCUUCCCCUGCCAACCGAGCCCCCAUACACCGCUCACGUCGGAAACCUUUCUUUCGAUGCUACCUCGGCUGAUGUUUCGGACCUCUUCGCCGAAUGUCAAGUUACCAACGUUCGUAUCGUGGAAGACAAGUUGACAAAGGCUCCUAAGGGUUUCGGUUACGUCGAGUUCGAAACUGUCGAAGGUCUUAAGAAGGCUCUUGACCUCGCUGGAGCCACCCUUCAGGGACGCGCCAUCCGGGUCAGCAUCGCAGAGCCCCCCAAGGAGCGCGAUGUGAAGGAGUUUGACUGGACUCGCCGCGGCCCUCUGCCCGACGCUCCUCAGCGCCGAGUGCCUGACCGUUCUUCUUUCGGUCGUAACCUUGACAACGUCUCCGAUGCCGGCAGCGAGCCGCGCCGCCGUGGUGGUUUUGAGAGUGACGGCAAGGUCCGCGACUUCUCGAACUGGGAACGCAAGGGUCCCCUUUCUCCUCCACCUAUGAGGGAAGGCCGCCCCAGCAGCAAUGAAGGUCCUGGUUUCCGAAGCCGCUCCCCUGCUUGGGGUGAAGGACGCUCUGAGCGCUCCCAGGACGGCUCUCGCCCUCCCCGACGCGAAUUCCAGGAACGCGCCCCCACCGCCGCUGAGAUGGAUAACCAGUGGAGGGCCAGAAUGAAGCCCGAUGCUCCUAAGCAGCCCAGCAACCCUCCCUCCCCCUCCCCGGCUGCGGCCGUGCCGGCCGCUGCCCCUGCUCCCGCCACAAGGCCGAAGCUGAACCUCCAAAAGCGAACCGUGACCGAUGCGGCCGCAAGCCCUACCAGCGGCGAAUCGAAGUCUAGCAUUUUCGGCGGUGCUCGUCCGAUUGACACCGCCACCCGAGAGAAGGAAGUUGAACAACGGCGCCAACUCGCUCUGCGCCAGAAGAAGGAGGCUGAUGAGAAGGCCAAGGCCGACAAGGCAGAGAAACAGAGGGUCGCCAAGGACGCCGUCAAGUCUGAGAAGCCCGGGUCGACGCUUGAUCCCAACGGCAGGGACCAGCAGGACACACCUCGCGGUGGGGGUAACUUUGAGAUUCUCCGGCGGGCCGGUGAGGAUGAGAGCGGCAUGAACGCCGACCAGGAUCCUGAGCAGAAGAAUCAAGCCGCUGCCGCCACAGCCGAGGCCUCGAAGGCGGAUGACAAGACGAACGGUUCCUGGAGGGCCGGACCUACCUCCACCGAGAACGCUGCUGACGAUGAGGGCUGGAGCACUGUCAGCUCAAAACCGCGCAACAACCGCCGUGGUGGCCGUAACUUUGCAUAG